AACAGAGCAGAGAGCAGCAACUUGAAGGAGGGAGACGGAUGCAGGGGGUGCUUCUGUGUCCCACGGGCAGCCACAUGGGUCUCCAGGCCACGGUCCUUAUACUGUCUUUGAUCCUGGAGCCAGAGUUCCUCCUGACCCAGGAGCAACUGGAUCCGCCAACCAGGGAACCAGUCUCCAGCUCUAGUCUAAAUGUGAAGUUCAACCCAAGGACAAUGGCGUUAACUUGGGACUGCAAAGAAAAUGCCACCGACAUCCAGUGUUUGAUGAUUCACAAGGAAAAAGGACGAAUUAUCAAAAAGCCCACGAAGGAAGAAUGCUCAUGUGCGUUUCAGGAAUUUUCUCUGCACGAAGGAGUCACACUCGAGGUUUGCAUUAGUACCAGUCAAAGAUUGUUUCAAGAAAAACUGCUCUUUACUAACCCAGGUGGGGCGGGCACAGCGGCCUGGAACUUCUCCUGUGUUAUCUACAAUGCGGAUUUCAUGAACUGCACCUGGGCGAAGGGCCCAGCAGCCCCCCGUGACGUGCAGUAUUUUUUGUACAUGCAAAACUCAAAGAAGACAGAAAGGGAAAGAGAGUGUCCUCAUUAUAUACAGGACUCGGGGACCCACGUGGGAUGCCACAUGGAAGACCUCUCAGGCCUAUCUUUCCGAAAUUACUUCCUGGUUAACGGAACCAGCCAAGGAACAGGAAUCCAAUUCUUCGAUACAAUUUUGUCGAUAAAGGAGAUAGAACAAUUCAGCCCGCCGGCCAAUGUCACCGUCCACUGCAACACAUCACACUGCCUCAUCUGGUGGGAACAGCCAAGGACCUACAAACACAGGUCCUCUAAGGAGUUCCAGUACCAACUGGACAUCCAGAGACAGAGCCUGGAGUCCAGCAGUAGAAAUUCCCUGAUUGAUGUUUCGGGUGAUUUUGAAAAUAAAUACAGCUUUCCAAGCCGGGAGCCCAGAGCUAAACACGCUGUGAAAAUCAGAGCCGCCGAUGCCCGGAUUCCGCACUGGAGCGCCUGGAGCCAGCCCGUGGAGUUCGGCUCUGAAGCACAAGAAUCCAGCUUCGUGCACAUCUCCGUGCUAGUGGUCCUGGGGAGCUUCGUCUGUGCCCUGGCCCUGAUCUUCCUCCUAAAAAGGUUCCUUGGGAGGCACGGCCUUUUCCCCCCAAUUCCACGGGUCAAAGAUAAAUUGAAUGAAAACCACCAAGUCGCCGACCAGAUAGUCUGGGAGGAAUUCACACCAGGAGCAGGAAAAGGUGACAAUGAAGACGUCUUAACCGUAGAAGACGUCGCAUAAGGCUCAGGUGCUGGCGUGGGAAUUGACCUACGCCCUGAGACAUUCUGGAAAUUGGUUUUUGUUCCGGGGUUGUUGGGGUUUUUUGCCAAUGUUGUGAGCCUCUGUAUAGUUUUCUAUCUUUUUUAGCUAAAAAAAAAUGUGAUAUUUUGGCAAAGAAUCUUGCAGCCUGAGGAACUGUUCGGUCCCCUUCGGACAAAGCCAUGUAAGGCACUGUCCUGCCUCCUGCAUCAACGAUGGACACUUGGUUGGAGCCCCACAGGAGGUGUCCUCCCUGCCAGUGGCACCUGGGCUGGGACUGCUGGCCCCUGACACCCCGGCGUUCCCUGUUGGGGCAUUUGCUUCCUUUUUCCUUCCACCAGCUCCUGUUUAGCAGUCAAUGAGCAUCCUGUCCCCAAGGGAUCACAAACCGAUGAGCUUAAAACAACACGCAUUUGUUAUCACGCAGCUCCAGCAGCCACGUGUCACACACGGGUCCCCCUGGGCUCAAAUCCAGGUGUCAGCAGGGCUGGCUCCUACUGGAGGCCCCAAGAGCAAAUGGUUUUUUCCCUCUCUCCAGUUUCUAGAGACUGUGACAUUCUUUGUCUGGGGCCCUGCAUCCUUCUGACCCCUAUUUCCAUCCUCACAUCUCCUCCCCUGUGUCUGACCUUCCUGCCACCCUCCUAUAAGGACCCUGUGAUAACAUUUAGGGACCACCUGGACAAUCCCGAAUCAUCUCAUCUCAAAAUCCUUGAUGUAAUCACAUUUGCAGAGUCCCCUUUGCCAUGUAAGAGCACAACUUAAGAGGUUCCAGGGUCUAAGUGGGGACAUCUUUGGGGUCAUUAUUCUGUCUAACACAUUGGGGCUGGGAUGUGGACAUCUCUGGCGGCUGCUGUGGAUUGAAUCGUGUCCCCCCAACCACCACCAAAGUUUAAUAUGUUGGGGGCUUGGUAUUCACUGUGACAAUAUUAAGAGGGUGGGAAACCCUAUUGUAUGUGAAAGGGCUUUGGAGAGGUGAUUCGACUGUGAGGACCAUGCCCUGAUGAAUGAAUUAAUCCACUGAUGGUUUCAUGGUGGUCGUGGGCGUAGUUCUGAUGGCUUUAAAAGGAGACUCUGUGAGAAGCUCUACCUCCCUCUUUGCUCAAGCCAUGUUCCAUGUAACCCCCUGUGCCACUUCAGAGUUACCACUAAGAAAAGGCCCCCACCAGCUGUGUUCCCUGGACUUUGGACUUCCCAGCCUCUGAAACUGUAAGAAAUAAAUUCUAUUUCUUUAUGCA